AUGGUACUGGGUUUAGACGCACAAAAUCAAGCCGCACUCCUUAAGGUCGUAAUUCUUGGCCUUAUUUCCUUUGUGGCAAUAGCUAGCAGAUUAUUUAGUAUAAUUCGUUUUGAGAGUGUAAUUCACGAGUUUGAUCCAUGGUUUAAUUAUAGAGCAACAAAAUAUUUAGUUUCAACCUCAUUUUAUGAUUUUUGGAAUUGGUUUGACGAGCGUUCAUGGUAUCCAUUGGGUCGUGUCGUAGGUGGAACGGUCUUUCCAGGCUUAAUGGUAACUUCAGCUACUAUCUACAACAUACUUCAUGCGCUUAACUUUCCCGUAGAUAUUCGUAAUAUAUGUGUGUUGCUCGCCCCAGCUUUUUCGGCUCUCACUGCAAUAUCAGCAUACCUUUUCACAGCUGAAAUAAAAGACUCUUCUGCUGGUCUUUUAGCUGCUGCAUUUAUUGGUAUAGCUCCAGGUUACAUUUCUCGGUCUGUUGCUGGUUCAUAUGAUAAUGAAGGCAUAGCAAUAUUUUUGCUUAUGUUUACAUUUUAUCUAUGGAUCAAAGGCCUUAAAGAGGGUUCUGCUUUUUAUGGUGCUUUAACUGCCUUAUUUUAUUUUUAUAUGGUAGCUGCGUGGGGUGGUUAUGUUUUUAUAAUCAAUUUAAUUCCACUUCAUGCAUUUGUAUUAAUAUUAAUGGGUAGAUUUUCAUCUAGAUUAUAUGUAGCAUAUUCUUCUUUUUAUGUUCUUGGUACUUUAAUGUCGAUGCAAAUCCCAUUUGUUGGAUUUCAAGCUACCCGAACAAGUGAACAUAUGGCCGCUAUGGGUAUAUUUUUUUUAUUGCAAAUAAUUGCUUUUGUGGAACUUGUUAGAAGUCAUCUCGCCUCAAAACAAUUUCGAAUUUUGUUCAAGAGCUUCAUUGUCCUUUCUUUUAUUAUCAUGUUUUCUGCACUGGUAUUAUUAACUUUGGGUGGAUAUAUCGCACCAUGGACUGGUCGUUUUUAUUCUUUAUGGGAUACUGGAUAUGCAAAGAAAUAUAUUCCAAUUAUAGCAUCUGUUUCAGAACAUCAACCAACUGCAUGGCCUUCCUUCUUCUUUGAUUUGGAAAUGCUUGUUUUUCUCUUUCCUGCCGGGAUAUAUUUAUGCUUCCGUGAACUACGAGAUGAACACGUUUUCGUAAUUUUAUAUGGAAUUACUUCAUCUUACUUUGCCGGUGUCAUGGUUCGUUUGAUGUUGACUUUGACACCAAUUGUAUGUGUAACGGCAGCUGUCGCCGUAUCACAUAUAUUGGAUUUAUACCUUGAUGCAAAUUCUUUAGAAACGGAAGAAUCGAUAGAUAAAUCUGAAUCAUCUAACAAAGUAAAGCAUUCGGAAAAACCUGGCACUAAAAAAGUUAAAGAAGGUGGAUCUCGUUCAUCAUCAAAUCAACCUAAAAUUAAAGGUUUUGAUACUCGUAUCAUAGUCCUUUUGAAUUUCUUCUUCUUUUUAGUUGUAUUUGUUUGGCAUUGUACUUGGGUUACAUCUAAUGCGUAUUCCUCUCCAUCAAUCGUUCUUGCUUCAAGAAAUAAUGAUGGAACAUCUUUUAUUAUUGACGAUUUUAGAGAGGCUUAUUAUUGGCUUAGAAAAAAUACGGAUUAUAAUUCAAGGGUAAUGUCUUGGUGGGAUUAUGGAUAUCAAAUCGCUGGUAUGGCGGAUCGUACUACCUUAGUAGAUAAUAAUACGUGGAAUAAUACUCACAUAGCUACAGUUGGAAAAGCCAUGGCUUCAUCUGAAGAAGUUGCAUAUCAAAUUAUGAGGAGGCAUGAUGUUAAUUAUGUUUUAGUUAUCUUUGGUGGAUUAUUAGGUUAUUCAGGAGAUGAUAUUAAUAAAUUUCUUUGGAUGAUAAGAAUAGCUGAAGGUGUUUAUCCUAAUGAAGUAAAGGAAGAAAAUUACUUUACCUCACGUGGUGAAUAUAGGGUAGAUGAUGAAGCUAGCCCAACUAUGCGUAAUAGUAUCAUGUACAAAUUGAGUUAUCAUAAUUAUAAUCAACUCUUUAAUGGUCAAGGAAUUGAUCGUGUUAGAAAUGCUAGAUUACCUUCGGAAACUAUUCAAUUAAGUACGCUUGAAGAAGCUUAUACAACUGAAAAUUGGAUUGUAAGAAUUUAUAAAGUAAAAGAUUUAGAUAAUUUAGGACGUGAUUUAGAACAAGCUACUGCAUUUAAUUUGGGUAAAAAAACUCGUCGAACUAAAAAGAAGAAAUAA